AAUUUUGGAUUCUGCCGUUUUGUUUUGUUCCCUAGAAGAAAACAAAAACUGAAAUCGCAUCGAGUGGGGUAGGUAAGGAAGCGCGAAGAUUUGAACGUUGUGUCCGCGCGAUACAAUCUACUGCGGAGUAUUUAACUUUUUGCUGUGAACAUUGGCCUGGUGAUUUCUAGUAUUGUAUCCUGAAGAUUAAAUGAUGCUGUUGCUCUAGCCAUAUGAAGGUUCAAGGAUGUUUGACUUAUGAUAAGAAAAGCUUCUAUUUGGGUUAUGCAUAGAUAAUUAGGAUGCAUAGAUAAUUAGGAAUUUUGAAGUCAAUCUGUACGGCGAGGUGCUAAUUUGUACGAACUAGGUCCCUUAGGUUUGAUGAUAAAAGCUCGCAUCGAUGUAGUAAUGGAUGUGGCGCUUGGAAUGACCCAUCUGGCUUGAGCAGUUCUUCAGAAUACAGAGUCCAAGAAAGUUUGUUAGCAAGUGCUAGGGAGAUCAUAUUAUUGCUUCUCUUCCAUUAUGUUAGAACAAAGAGGAGUGAUAGUAAAAAGAUACUCCUAUAAAACAAUGGUGGAGGGAGGGAGCCCUUGGUUAUUAGGUAUGUAUAUAAUCUAUUUGGUUUUAGUUCAGAUCUCAUCUCACUGUCUCACACGCCAUGCUGGUCAACACAUGGCUUGUUGCCGAUCCGUUGUGGAAGAGAGAAAACUCUGAAACUCUUGCUUGAUUUCCGUUCCCAAAAAAAUUAUAAGUAGCUUGAGUUGAAAUAUGUAAAAAAAAAAUUGAAGCAUGAUUAAGGGCCUGUCUGGAGAACAUCAAUUUCCCAUGAAAAAGUUCAAUGUUUUCAGGAAUUAGGAAAAAUGAUACCGGGUCCAAACAGGACAUAAAAACAGUACUCCCUCCGGCCGGAAUUACUUGUCACUGAUUUAGUACGACUUUGUACUAAAUCUUGGACAAAUAAUACGGGUCGGAGGAAUUAGUAUUCUAAAUGUCAAUUUGCUACACGUUUCUGUUAUGUUGUUAAUUGCUCUAAUGCAUCUGAUUAUGACUAAUUUAAGUGUUAGUGUCUGUCAAGUUGUAUGUCUAUGCAGUUUAAAAGUCUGUAGGUCUCUGAGUUCACUGCAGAUGGAUAUGAAUUUUCAAUGCAUGUUCACCCUGUUCUUAUGUUGAUUGGCUAUAUUAUUCUUGGCAGUGAAGCUAUAAUGGUAUACAAGGUACUUCCUACGUGGAACCAUGAUACAACCAAGCUGAUCCAUCUAAUUCUCCAUGGAAUUGCACUUGUUCUUGGUGUGGUUGGGAUAUACUGUGCUUUCAAAUUUCACAAUGAAAGUGGGAUUGCCAACCUUUACAGUCUGCAUUCUUGGCUUGGGAUCGGAACAAUUUGUCUAUAUGGUAUUCAGUGGGUAUUUGGAUUUCUUGCCUUCUUCUUCCCUGGGGCUGCACCAAAUGUUAGGAGGGGUGCUCUUCCUUGGCACAUUCUAUUUGGGAUGUUCGUUUACAUCUUAGCCCUGGCUACUGCAGAACUUGGGUUUCUGGAGAAGCUCACAUUCCUCCAAAGUUCAGGCCUCGAUAAAUAUGGGGCAGAGGCAUUUUUGGUGAACUUCACGGCAUUGGUUGUUGUGCUAUUCGGUGCUUCUGUUGUGGUAGCUGCUGUUGCUCCAGCUCGUCUUGAAGAACCACAGGGUUAUGCUCCAAUUCCAGAAAACUAGUAUAUAUGAAAUGGAUUGCAUACAUACAGAAAUUUGCAAAGUUUGAUGCCACCAUAGUGCCGAGAUACUACGAUCUCUUCAAUAUACAAAUGAAUAAUCUGAGGAAGAAUAUAGUUGCGUAUCUUCCUUGUGUAUAUAGAUACAUACAAGUACAGAUUGUUUUCUCGUACAUUACAUAAAAGCUGGAACUUCUAUGUAAGCAGUCAUUUUACAGAUGGGGUAUUUCUCUCUACUUAAUAUUACUCUCUCCGAUUCCACAACUUUGUACUAAAUCCCUGAAACUUACUAUUGAUCGGAGGCAGUGUUAGUUUUCAA